AUGGGAGCUUGCGCAUCAUGCUUGGGAAGGGGUGAUGGCAAUAACUACGAUGAGGAGGAAGAGAACCGCCUUCUCUACGAUGACGCAAACGGUAUGCAGUACGGUAGCUUCGGGGACCAAGCUAUAAACGGCGAGAACGAUACGCUCGAAGCUCAGCGAGAGAACGAGGCCCUUCAACGAGUAAUAGCGAAGACAUCAGAUAACAUGGUGGACAUCUUUGAUAUCGCUCCGCAAGAGAACACAAAUCGUGGAGCAACAACACCUUUCGCCUACGCUGGUCAAGGUGCACGCCUUGCACGAUACCAACAUCUCGUAUCAAAACUUAGCAACCAGGGUGACAAUAACCCAGCGAGCGGUAUCAAGGUCGACUGGCUUCCAGAAGACGAGACCAUAGAGAUGCAAAAGAAUGGUCCAGCUAGCAUCAAGACUCUCGAGAGCGAUGAGGGUCCUCUUAGGAAGUUCCCUUCGUUAACAAUGCGGAAGAGAAAGCUGAGAGCCCCCAGAGUGGGGAGUCAGCAAUUGCGACAUGAAACUGUAAUGCAAUAUUCGCGAUACACGACUGAUGACGAUACACACAUACGUUUUGGUGUUCAAGACCGCUGCGAUUGCCCCGAUCUGAACCAUCACCCCCUGGUGGCUCAAAUUGGAUGA